AUGGAUCGAUUUCAUCAGAUAGGAUCCCUGAAUUCUCUAGGAUCAGACCCAGGUGGUUUAGGAAAUAUAGCAAGAAAGCAUGAGAGAUAUUCAUCGAAAACCAGCAUGUCGACUUUACCGAGUCUUCCAGGUCCUAUGGAGCAUAUAAAUGGAUGGGAUAAAUCAAGGGAUAAUUCAAUAGAUGACCCAUUUAGUACCCGAGAGGUAGAUAACGAAGAAGAUGAGGAACCAGCUGAUCUUGGAUUGGGAUUUCAUGUGUUCAAUUUAGGCGGAAGUGAUGGUAAUGAUAACGAUGAUGCUACUGAUACAGAAGAUCAUUAUACGAAUAUAAAAAUGGUUGAUGAAAUGAACUCUAAUAAUCAUCGGGAUAAGAAUGCAAACGAUGGGUCACAUAAACAUGCCAAGUCUAUGAAAGAAGGUACUGUGACACCCAGAUCACAUUCGCCUUCGCCUUCACCUCCGUAUGUAGAAUUCAAUUUAUCUCCUUCACAUGAAGUACCACAAUCCCCAACUUUGAUGACCACUCAUAAACUGCCCGAGAAGUUGACCCGUAGCACUGAUGAUGAUGAAGAUUUCUUUAACCUGUCAACUUCAGAUUGGAAGACAAUGAAGACAGUUUCAGAACUUGAUUAUUAUAAUGAACGAGGUGAUCUUGAGUACACUUCUGAAGGCUUUUUUGACUUUAAACAAGGGACUGGUUCCCGUGGUUAUACCAAAAUUGAUACUGAAGAACAGGUGGCCAAAUAUGCUGAAUUGGAUAAGAAAACAGAUUUUCUCUUCCAAAGAUCAAGAGACGAAGAUGAAGAAGAUAGCGAGAAACAACAAAGGAAAUCGGACAAAAAAUUCAUUGAUGGAGGAUCAGAUUCCGACUCAGAAUAUGAAGAUGAUGAUAAUAUUGAUUCAAAGGAUACUUUGAAUACCACGAAGAGUAUGCUCACAGAUGCUCAAAAGUUUGCCUAUGUGGGGAUUGCACGGUUAAUCUCGGUGGAAAUGGCCACACAAUUGGCGGAGUUAAGAAUGACCACUUCCAAUAAAGUAUCGAAGGAAUUGAGCCAAAGUCAAAAGAAUUUUGCUCAAUGGACCAUGGUGACCACUACCAAGAUGUACGAACAUCUUGAUCUCACAACGGAAGAAAGAAGAAUGAUAGAGAACUUGAGUAUUCAUGGGUUGGAGGUAGCAGAUUUGACUGAGAGUUUAGUUGGAAUGAAGGUUAACAAUGGGAAAAGUGGGGACGAUGUCAAGCAACAAGUAGAUCUUGUUUGGAUUCUUAUAUGUGAUCUCUUCCUUCUUCUUUUAAGUGAAGGAUACUAUGAUUCAAGAUCUCGUUCGUUACUCAUUAAGUUUGCCAAAUACUUGGAAGUACCUCCAUUGGAAGUAUUCCAAUUUGAAAGAAGAUUAAUCGACUCUUUAGAAAUGGAGGAUACUACAGAUAAAUCUAUCACCAAUAAGGAAAAUCUUUUAAAUGACCGGAAAUUCAUUGAUCAACAUAUCAAGAAGAAUAAGAAGAAACGGUUGGCCUAUAUAGGGUUGGCUACAUUGGGUGGAGGACUUGCUAUUGGGCUUUCUGCCGGUCUUUUAGCUCCUGUGAUUGGUGCAGGGUUGGCAGCAGGGUUAACGACCGUUGGAAUUGGUGGAACCAGUGGGUUUUUAGCUGGAGUUGGAGGAAGUGCUAUAAUCACCACUGGUGGUGUUUUUGCUGGAGUUCGAGUAGGUUCUAAGGCCGGGGCAAGAAGAUUAGGAGAUGUCCAAACGUUUGAAAUCAAACCGUUACAUAACAAUAAACGGUCAAGUUUAAUCUUGACGGUGUCUGGAUGGAUGAAUGGUGAAUUGGAUGAUGUUCGAUUGCCAUUUCUGACAGUUGAUCCAGUCAUGGGUGAUAUGUUUUCAUUGCUUUGGGAACCAGAAAUGUUGCAAUCCAUGGGUCAAACGAUCAAUAUCUUAGCCAGUGAAGCCUUAACCACGUCAAUUCAACAAAUUUUAGGUGCUACUAUUUUGACUGCAUUGAUGUCAGCCAUCCAAUUGCCUAUGGCACUUCUGAAAUUAUCAUAUUUAUUGGAUAACCCUUGGAAUGUGUCAUUAGAUAGAGCAUGGAAAGCUGGGAAGAUCUUGGCGGACACUCUACUUGCGGGUAAUUUAGGAGUUAGACCAAUAACCUUGGUUGGGUUUUCUCUUGGAGCUAGACUUAUCUAUUCAUGUUUGAUUGAGUUGGCUCAUAGAGGAGGGUUUGGUCUCAUUGAGAAUGUCAUUAUUUUGGGUACCCCAAUUGCAGUCCGUACCGAUCAGAUAGCUCUUGCCAAAUCAGUUGUUAGUGGUAGGUUCGUCAAUGGGUAUUCACGUAAGGAUUGGAUCUUAGGGUACCUUUUCCGAGCUACAGGAGGCGGUAUCAAUACUGUGGCUGGUUUAACUGCACUUGAGAACGUACAUGGCAUAGAGAAUUUAGAUUGUACAGACUUGGUAGAAGGUCAUAUGUCUUACAGAAAGGCAAUCCCUAAGAUCUUGAAGAGGUUAGAGUGGGAAGUUCUCGGAGAAGAGUUUGCCGAAAUUGAAGAGCCAGACCCUGAACAAAAGGAAAGAACAAGGAAAUUAAUGAAUGAUUUCGAUGAGGCAAGAGCCAAAAUGAUGAAGGAGAGAGAACUCAAUGAUAAAGAAGAAAGAAAGAAGAAAGGUUGGAAGAGUUGGUUCAAGCCAAAACGGAAGGAAUGGUGGGAACAAGUGGAAGUUCAAGGUAUGCACGAGGGAGGUGGUGAAGGAAGCAGAUCCAGCGAGUCUUCGUCUACACCCGCCGGUGCUUCAACGACCAAUAUUGAUGGCAAUGCAGAGUACAUGGAAAGCACAACGACCACAGUUCCAAUUUUCGAUGUUGGUGCCUUACUUCAAGAAGUUGAUGAAAUUAAGGACCUUGGAGCUAAAGAUGAAAGUACUUUAAAAGAAGUCAGGAAAGAGGUUGAUCUUUCUAAGCCCGAAGGGGUUAAAAUGAAUGAAGAUGAAGAGUAG